GUCACUGGCGUUGUUUACAAAGUUCUGGCGUAAAUAUCGUCCGUGUUGGAGCGAAAAUAAAUUGUACAGCAAAUAAACAUCUACCCUGCAACGAUGCCAAAUUGGUAUUACGAUAAAAAAGACCUCAGGAACACACCGUCAGCGAGGGAUGGUGUGGAUUACGAGACGGAACGGCGCUACCGCAAAGAGGGCGCACGGUUCAUCAUGGAAGCCGGGGCCUCGAUGAGUCUAGGGCACAACACCGUCGCUACAGGAGUUGUUUACUUUCAUCGGUUCUACAUGUUUCACUCGUUCCGUACGUUUCCACGCUUUGUAACGGCAAGCUGCUGCCUGUUCCUGGCCGGCAAGGUUGAGGAAACGCCCAAAAAGUGUAAAGACAUCAUAAAAACUGCCCGUGGACUGCUGUCGGACGAGAAAUUCCAAUCGUUUGGCGAUGACCCCAAGGAGGAAGUUAUGACGCUGGAGCGCAUUCUACUUCAAACGAUCAAAUUUGACCUGCAGGUCGAACAUCCGUACUCGUUUCUGGUGAAGUACGCCAAAUGCUUGAAGGGUGAUUCGGCCAAGCUGCAGAAAAUGGUACAGAUGGCGUGGAACUUUGUGAACGAUUCGCUGAGCACCACGGUAUCGAUUCAGUGGGAACCGGAAAUUAUUGCCGUCGCGUUAAUUUAUCUAGCCAGCAAGCUAAGCAAAUUCACCGUUGUCGAUUGGAUAGGCAAAAAGCCGGAGCAUUUAAAAUGGUGGGACAUGUUUGUGCAGGACGUGACGAUGGAAAUACUGGAAGAAAUAUGCCAUCAGGUGUUGGAUCUGUAUCAACCGACGCAGGCAGAAAGUGCACCACCAAAAAGUCCCCCUCAACUGCCACCUAGCAAAGCAUCGCCACCGAUGAAGCGGGCCAAUAUAUCGCCUAUAACAAACAAAAAUUCUCCCAACAUUGCAGUUAAGACUCCGUUGCCGCCUUUACCUCCAUCUGAAGUGGAAGCCAAUCCCAUUCCAAAGCAUAUCACAACGGAAAAUCCACACUAUUCGUAUCCUCCUUAUCCGAUGCAUCCUGUGCCACCCUUACUACCGCAAACCCAUGGUCCACCGCCACCAUAUGGGACGAUGCCGCCAGCGUUGCCACCACAACCGCCUCAAUCGUGGCAACAUUAUCAACAUACGAAUGCGAACAAAUAUUACCCGCCAGGGCCACCCCCGGGAAGGAAUACUUACUAUCCUCCUCAGUAGUUAGUAUCGGGGCAGUUGGACAUCAUUAAGUUAAGAAAUUUUGAUAUGAGGAAAACCAACCAACAAAUACUGAUGUGUAAAAUAAAAGUUUAAAGAACG